AUGUAAUUAUUUUUGAAAUUAAAAGCUUAACUUUUUAUUAAAUUUCCACAACAUAAUUAUUUUCUUUAUAUGAAUUCAUUAUUGUUUGUGUAAAAUAAUUUAAUACGUUUUCGUUAUUUUUUCCUUAUUGUUUUUUGUUUAUUAUUAUUAUGGCGUUUUUUAUCUUUAUUUAUUCAUAAAUUAAAUGGAUAUCGACACAAUAUAUUUACGGGUAAUAACUAUUUAAUAUGCAAGGAAUUUUUUAUACAUCUUUAAUAUUGUUUGUUACUAUAAUUACUUAUCUAGAAAUGUCUAAACAUUUAUUUAAAUGAAUUAUAUUGUUUAUUAUAGUAUAAUCACUUUUUAAUUAACCAAAUUAACCUUGGCCUGUCAAAAUUAAUUCUACGUUAUCUGAAAGUCUACAUUAUUUACAUUCUUUUUGUAUUUCGAUUAAUUCUAAUUAAUUUUAAGAUAAUACAUAUACUAUGUUACCUUAUUCAGCUAACUUUUUAUAAUUUUUAUAUAAUUAUUUUUUUAUAAAAAUUAAUAAAUAUUUUUUAAUAUAAAAUAUAAUAUCUUGAUUAAAUAUUUGUCUUUUUUUUUUAUUAAUAAAAAUGUUAUCUUCAAUAUAUUUUUUUUUAGAUAGAAAUAUUAUUUGAAAUUUUAUUAUGCCAAAAAAAUUAAUUCACAUUUUUUUAUUUUUUAAUUUAAUUAAAAUUGCAAGUUAUAAAUGUUUUAUAUUUUAUUUUAUUACGUUAUAUGUAUUUGACAUUAUAUUUGUAAAAACAAUAGCAACUGAAUUAUCUUAUUAUAUAAAUUCAGAAACAAUUUAAGAAAUAUAUUCUUUUCGAUUAAUAUCUUAUUCAAGUUAGUGUCUAUUAACUAAAUUGGAAAGAAUAAAGCUAUCUUGGUUUUCAUUUGAAAUAAAAAAUAAUUUAUUAGUAAUUGCAUAUUCGAAAAAUUCAGUUAUUGUAAUUUCUUUUUAUGUUUCAUUCAAUUAUUAAAUUAUUAUUUACGUAUUUGUUUCAGUUUAUUCUUCAUUUUAUAUUUAUUUUUAUUCUGAUUUAUCACUUUCUUGAAAAAUAUGCUCACUUUUAGGAUAAAAACAGCAUAAUAUAUGCGUUUAUAAAAAAGAUUUUUUUUAUUUUUUUUAUUCAAGUAAAGGUUAUUAUUAUUCCAUAAUUGCAAGAAAAAAAGGAAAGUUUUUUUAUAAACCUAAAUAUAUUAUUUUAUUAAUUAAAUACGAAUAUAUUUUUUUUUUGA